AAUUUAUCAGAAUGCCCAAUCACCCCACUGAACAAACAGAAAUUAGGUAAUUUCUCAUAUUUAAAAUCUACCCAAUGUCUAAUCUCCUCUUUCUUCAAAUCCAUGCACACUCUAAUUCUCAUGUCCAUGCACACUCUAAUUCAGUAAUUCUCAUGUAAGAUUUGCACUUUUCCUCAAACUGGUUCUUAUCAAAGCUAAUAAAAGUGCAAAUAUAAUUUACAAUUCUCCUAACAAAACCCAAGUUUCGAAAUUUAAAAGGUACUAUGUGGACCUGUAUCCAGAAAUUAGUCUCACACAAAAUCAUCUUUUUAGGGAUAUCAUUUGGUGAAGCAGAUCUCCUCAAGCACGCAAUUCAUGUCCUAAAAUUUGGCCACAGGGCUUGUGGUUAAUUUGGUGCAUCUUCUCCCUUUUAUAAAUCUUCUUCUAAAAUCAUUCCAAAUACACAGACAUAGGACAAAAUCUUGUCAACUGAACCCUAAAAUUUAUCAGCGGAACCGGGGUAUAUCUUCUCCUUUACUUUCAGUCAGCAGUCCAGUUUCCGCUUUCCCUCUCCGAUCUCCAUUUAACGUCUCUUUUAUCAUAUAUAGAUUUUGCCAUUUUACACGCGUAUGUAUCUUUUGUAAUCAAUUGUUUGUUCUACUCUGAAAUCUGAAUUGCAGAGCAAAGCGGUAAGGGAAAAAAUGCUGGACCCAAAUCUAUUUCGAGAAGACAAAGGCUUCAACCCUGAAGUCAUCCGAGAAUCUCAAAGGAGGCGUUUUGCUGACCCUGCUGUAGUUGACGAGGUCAUUCAUCUCGACAAAGAGUGGCGUGAGCGUCAAUUCGAGCUGGAUAAUUUGCGUAAAGAGUUCAACAAGAUCAACAAAGAAGUAGCCAAGCUGAAGAUAGCAAAACAAGAUGCAAGUGAGUUAAUUAAGAGUACUGAAGAGAACAAGAAAUUGACUGCAAAAAAAGAAGAAGAAGUGCAAGUAGCCCGGGCAGAACUAUAUACAAAACUUGAAAGCAUUGGAAAUCUUGUGCAUGACUCAGUUCCAGUUAGCAAUAAUGAGGACAAUAAUGCUUUCAUUCGUCAUUGGGGCGAUAAGAGAACCGAACCGGGGCUCAAAAACCAUGUUGAGCUUGUGAAGCUUCUUGGAAUUGCUGAUUUGGAGAAAGGUGCAAAUGUUGCUGGAGGUAGAGGUUACUAUCUGAAAGAUGAUGGCGUUGAUCUAAACCAAGCAUUGAUCUCUUUUGCCCUUCGUUUCUUGAAAAGAAGGGGAUAUUCUCGAUUACAGACUCCAUUCUUUAUGAGGCAAGAUAUCAUGGGAAAAUGUGCUCAACUUGCACAAUUUGAUGAAGAACUUUAUAAGGUCACUGGUGAGGGAGAGGAUAAAUAUCUUAUUGCAACAGCUGAACAGCCUCUCUGUGCAUAUCAUAUGGAUGAUUGGAUCCACCCCUCGGAAUUGCCACUAAGAUAUGCUGGAUAUUCGUCAUGCUUCCGUAAAGAAGCUGGUUCACACGGACGUGACACACUCGGCAUUUUCCGUGUUCACCAAUUUGAAAAAGUUGAGCAAUUUUGUAUCACCAGCCCGAAUGAAAAUGACUCCUGGGACAUGCAUGAGGAGAUGCUCAAGAACUCAGAGGACUUCUUCCAACAGCUAAAGAUUCCCUAUCAAGUAGUUUCAAUUGUCUCCGGUGCAUUAAAUGAUGCUGCUGCAAAAAAGUAUGAUUUAGAGGGAUGGUUUCCUGCUUCUGCCACAUACAGAGAACUUGUUUCAUGCUCAAACUGCACUGAUUACCAAUCAAGAAAAUUGGAAAUUCGUUAUGGUCAGAAAAAGGGAAAUGAGCAUUCGGCUAAACAAUAUGUUCAUUUGUUGAACUCAACCCUGACAGCAACAGAGAGGACAUUGUGUUGUAUCCUUGAGAACUACCAAAGGGAGGAUGGGGUGGAGGUCCCUGAAGUAUUGCAACCUUUCAUGGAUGGUGUGACUUUUCUUCCAUUCAAGAGCAUCCCAAAUGGUAAAGGGAAAAAGUCGAAAUAGACAUUAGUAUAUGCUUCAGAAACAAAGCUAUUUAAACAAUCACGACUGUUUAUGUGGUCUCAUGGCGUCUGAUUUCAGACGCCGUUUUUGCACAACAUAAUGUAUUACUUAUUUUGCGUGGUUUGGGAUGAAUAGAGAUUUUUUUGAUUUUUAUAUGUCCAAUUUUAUGCAAACUCAUUGACCAACUAUAUAUUUUUAUUUGGAAGUUAUUUAUGAUAUAAAAAUUAUAUAAAA